AUGAGACAUGGGAUGACAAGUUGCAAGUGUCUGUCGUCGCUGGUGACGAGUCUGACUUUAUUCGUUUAUGACAAAGCAUAUGCUCAGAACCUCUCCACCGCUGACGUCGGCAUCGUAACCCAGCGCCUGGCGCAAGGUGCGACCCACAGCUGGGAAUAUGGCGCGCGCGCGGAAGUACUCUUGGAGCUCAAUACACCGUCAUACUCUGUAUUCUCUCCCACUUCUCUACCGCCUCCCCAGCAGAUCCCCUCCAAUCUCACUAGUUCACUCAGUGACGUCAUAGGCAUCGCGCACAUGAUUGUUGCCAACCGCUCCACGUCAAAUAGGAACAUCACAGGACCCCAGCCACUCAUGUCAGAUAAUGCUACUGGUGACCCAGCAAGUAUAGGUGUUGCAGUGCUCCUUGCAAACUGGACGGGUCAGGGCGCAGUGGAUGGACUCGACUAUGCAGGCGCAGCACGUGACCAGCUCGAGUUCCUGCUAUCGAAUGUCUCUCGGACCCAUGACGGUGCGAUUUCGCAAAGGACAGACCAGGUGCAACUUUGGAGUGAUUUCGUGUAUAUGGCACCGCCGUUCCUCGCGUAUUAUGGCGUAAUGAUGGGGAACCAGUCGCUCGUGCAGGAGGCCUACAAUCAAGUUCGCCUUUACCGCAAAUAUCUUCGGAAUUCGAAUGCCAGCAACAUCUGGAAACAUAUUCAACUCGGAGUGUAUGGGACGGACAACGGUCAUUGGUCUACUGGUAUAGUACAUCUCCUCUCCGUAGAUUCUAUCGAAAUUAGUUCUCAACGAGUCAUAGGGAAUGGCUGGGCUGCAGCUGGGAUGCUUCGGGUGCUGAGCACGAUUAAACAGUCACAGUUUUCGACCUCGAUGAUGAGUCAACAACAGGAUUUAGCUGAUUGGGUGCAGGAAAUACAUGAUGGGAUGUACUCGUAUCUUGAUUCCAGCGGCCUCUUCCACAAUUACGCUGACAAUUCGUCCACGUUCACUGAUGCAUCUUCAACCGCGCUGCUUGCGAGCACUGUCUACCGUCUUUCCCUUCUGUGGGGUGUGGACAAACAUAUUCCCGUCGCAGAGCUUUGUCGAAGGACACUCUCCGCUCCCGCGGGUUCAGCUGUUGAUAUCUCCACUGCUGGUACAGGAACGGUAUCUGUGCCUAGUUCAACCACUACCACUACCCCUACCGCUUCAGCACCAUACGCAUCGUCAACGGCAACUGGAAUACCAGGUUUGCUACAUUUCACACCGGAUGGGUGGCUUACACCCGUCGUUAAUCCAUAUUCAUAUCCUGAUCAGGGGCAGCAAAGCCCUGAGAGCGAGGCGUUUGUUAUCGCGAUGCAGGCUGCGUGGCGCGAUUGGGUCUCGAACGGGACAACAGGGGCCAAUGCCGAUGCCAAUGCCAAUGGCACUGUGAGUCCGCUUGCCCGAGUAAGCUGGGCGUGGAUCGUGGUUGAUGCGAUGGUUGUGACGUUCCUCUUAUGUUGAAGACGCGAUGAUAAUUACGAGAUGUAAGUCGAUGAAAUAGGUAGAGGAAAAGUGCCCGGUUGUAGUAAUAAUUGUACAUACUUUAGAGACCGUUUUGCUGGCAUGGAUACUUCUAAGUGUGUACAGGGAGGGGGACUAGGUACUAGAGGUAGACCCUAUUAUGACCUGCGCAAGCUAAAUACAGCGUCGGAAUGUGCGCAU